GUGUCCCCAAGCCCCUCUUCUCACUCACUCUAUCCUCAAAAACUCGAAGGGAUAGAAGAAGAGGAGCGGGGAGCUCCGCUCAGCUCAGCGCAGCGCAGCUAAAAGCCCGAGCGCUCCUCCCUCAUGGCCAUGGCGACCUCCACCUUCUCCCCGCCGCACCAGCUCCCGCUCAAGCCCCAGCUCGGCCCCAAACCCGGCCUCCUCCUCCCGCGCCUCCGCGCUUCCCCCCGCCUCCGCCUCGCCGCCGCCGCCGCCGCCGGCGAGGCCCCCGUCGAGGCGCCGCCCAAGCCGGCGGCCGCCGCGGAUCCCUCCCCCGCCGCUUCAAACGGGGCAGCCGCCGCGGUGAAGGCGGAGGCGGCGGCGGUGAAGAUCGAGGAGUCGGCGUCGCCGAGGUUCAACGACUCGAGGUGGGUGAACGGGACGUGGGACCUCGACCUGUUCGGAAGGAAGGCCGGCGCCGUCGACUGGGACGCCGUCAUAGACGCCGAGGCAAGGAGGAGGAAAUGGCUUGAAGAUUUCCCGGAGGCUAGUAGCAGCGAUGAGGCUGUUGUGUUUGAUACUUCGAUCAUACCAUGGUGGGCAUGGAUUAAGCGGUUCCACCUCCCCGAAGCGGAGAAGCUAAAUGGCCGUGCUGCCAUGGUUGGCUUCUUCAUGGCUUACUUUGUCGAUAGCUUGACGGGUGUGGGGCUCGUUGACCAAAUGGGCAACUUCUUCUGCAAAACUCUGCUGUUUGUUGCAGUGGCUGGCGUGCUGCUUGUCAGGAAAAACGAGGACAUCGAUUCUCUGAAAAAGCUCAUCGAUGAAUCGACGUUCUACGACAAACAAUGGCAGUCAACUUGGCAAGAGGAUUCCCCUUCUGUGCCGAAGAAAUAGCUUCCAAGUUGAGUUUUGCGGUAGCUGAGAGGAGUGAUGUGGACUUUCUCCUCCUCUUUAUGUUGUGCUGUUUCUUUUGUCAGCCUUUUGUUUCCUGAUUUUAGUGAGGCUCAAAUACCUAUCAAUAAACUUUAUAAUAUCUACGCCAUCUUGUAAAAAGUAUUGACUUAAUUUCUGUGCUAGAGGUAAUGCUGCAACGGGUUAUUUAGCGCAAUGUUUUGCUGAUGGGAAUUGCAUGCAGGGUUACAAACU